UUGAAGAAAUGCAAUGAUGGCUGACCCCUGGCCUGACCUCGAGGUCAGUGCUCAUCUUUGAUUGCGUCCAGCACGCGUCUCUCUUUUGGCCAGAUUGUUCGUGUAUCCCUGUAGAGGUCAAUUUGCUUUUCAAAGGCAAAAAAAGCCUGUGACGGCUGGCCAGACGCGGCCAUUGUGUUGGGAGAUGAGGGCUUCUUCUGAUGACUUAUGCAUGCGUUAGCCAGCUGAUUUAUACUGCCCUCAGACAGACGCGUGGCAUUACAAAUCUCUCUAAUGUCCAGAUUUGCAAACACAGGAAGCGCUUUGGACAAAUUUAGCAUGUUCGUGUUUCAUACGCACUAAAUUAAUUAAUAACAUGCGAUGUGUAACUACUUUGUGGAGCUGGCUUUUUUUUUUUUUUUUUUUUUAGUAAAAGCUAUUUACACGAAAUACGCGUGAAACGGAAACUUUAAACUGUAAACAUGGGCGUCACAAUCACACAAAACAAUUACCCCAUCCAAAUUGUGUUUUUUUCCCCCGAAGAUUAAUUUUAUUUUGAAUAAUACUGCAUAUUUUACAAAAUGACUAUUAUAAAAUCGUCCUCCUCUUGUCUAUAUUCACUUCAGCUUUAGGUUGUGUAAUAAUUUGCAUUGCGUAGGCCUGCUGCAAUUAUUGGCUCUCAUGAUAAAUGAUUGUAUAAAUGCAAUUGUAAUGUACUGAUCACUUCUGCAUUUAACAUAUUUAAAUGCAUUCUUAAUGAAAACGACAAAUUAUACAGUUUAAUUCAAAGUAGGUCGAAACAUAUACAUACUUAAAUCUGCAGUCUGAAAUAGUUAAUGCUCCAUAUUGUCCCGAUAUACAUUUUUAAAUAAUUCUAAAUAUAUAAUACAGAGACAUGCGUCAAGAUUUAAGUGAAGACAUUCCCCACCACAGCUCCAAACUAAGCAUUCCGAAAAGAACUUUCUUUGUUGUCUCUCAUUCGAAAUUGUGAUGAUGAUGAUGACGACGAUGAUGGCCAGUGAGUGACAUUUCCUUCUGCGCCCUAGAGCCGCGGCACGCGCUGCUCUCCAUACAUCUCCAUCAGACCGUGAACGGAGAGCAGCGCGCAUUACUACAAUAAAGGCCAGGUACAUCUGCUCUGUAGCGCCCGGUCCGAGGCUCUCAGCCCUCCCACGGGCAAUUCCGCAGAGAUUCUCGCUCGCUCCUGAUUGGACGAGGACGCGGCGACGAGGGGCGAGAACAAUAACAUCAUUCCGGCUUAAAAAGAGUGCAGCUAUGCGUCUACGAGCAAAAGCAUCUCUCAGAGGGAGGGAGGCGGACGGCGCGUUUGUGGCUCUGGAUCUCGUCUCGUUGUGCCUUGUCAUCCUCGUCUCAUCAUGCCCAAAGGAUUCCUGGUGAAAAGGAACAAGAAAGCAGCGCUCGUUUCGUACCGGAUACGCUCGGAUGAGGAUGGAGGAUCCGCUCCAGAAUGCCAGAUCGCGCAGAUCGCCUCGCCUCCACCCGCGCCCAGCGCCUCCAAGCCGGAUAGCAUCACCUCAGCGUUCCCGUCGGACGGAGCAGAGGCGCCAGUGCCGGUCCACAGCGCCAAGCCGGUGCAGUUCGGCAAUCCGGAGACGGUGUACCAAGCCCUGUACAGCCCCACCCGGCCCAUCAGCAAGGAGCACGACAGGAAAUAUUUCGAGAGGAGUCUCAACCUCGGCUCGCCCGUCUCUGCCGAGUCGUUCCCGACUCCCGCCUCUCUCACCAGCUUGGACCAUCAUCUUCUGUUCGCGCCGGUCGACUUGAAAAUCGGCACCAGCAACAGCAACCGGAGCGGAACGGCGCCCGUCAUCCGCACCGGCGCCAAAAGACCUCCCUCGGACGCCGCCGAGCGUAAAAGCAGCAAAAGCGCCAAGAAGCCCAAAGCCAUACGCAAACUCAACUUCGAGGACGAGGUCACCACAUCCCCGGUGCUGGGCCUGAAAAUCAAAGAGGGGCCCGUGGACCUGAAGCCCCGAGCGGCCUCGGGCAACACCAACAAGCCCCUGGGGGAGUUCAUUUGCCAGCUUUGCAGAGAAGAAUACUCGGACCCGUUCUCUCUGGCACAGCACAAGUGCUCCCGGAUAGUGCGGGUGGAGUACAGGUGUCCCGAGUGCGAGAAGGUCUUCAGCUGUCCGGCGAACCUGGCCUCCCACCGGCGCUGGCACAAACCGCGCGUGCCAAACGCGCCCAAACAAGCCCUCCAGCCCGCCAAACCGUUCCCCGAGGAGUUCCCCGGCGACAGAGACUCCCCGAGUCCGGGUCUGUCAGAGUCCGGCUCCGACGACGGGCUCUACGACUGCCAGCACUGCGGGAAGAGGUUCAAGCGCCAAGCCUACCUGAGGAAGCACAUCCUGGGACACCAGGCGCUCCAAAAUCAGCUCCUCGGAGAGGCUUUGCGCGCCGCGGAGAGCCCCGACAUCGUGCCGUCGGAGGACAGCCAAAGCCCGGCUCCGCUCAAUCUGAGCCCAGCGGACUGUCUCGCGUGUCCGGCUUGUGGAGAGAAGCUGCCCAACCGGGCGAGUCUGGAGCGACACCUGCGCAUCCUGCACGACGACUCCCAGGCGUUUCCCUGCAAGUUCUGCCCCGCCACUUUCUACAGCUCGCCGGGUCUCACCAGGCACAUCAACAAAUGCCACCCCACCGAAAACAGGCAAGUCAUCCUUCUCCAGAUGCCCGUGCGUAACGCCUGCUGAAGACGAACCCACAGCGAUCCGUCCUUUUAGAACCAUCUAUUUUCUUCAUCCAACCCCUCGCUAGAAAAGUCUGGAGAAAAGUAUUAGUUUGGUCCUUACAAAGGUAUUUUUCUAGAACCCUUGCACACAUGGUAAUGUAAUAGCUCCUAGACCUAAGAUAUGUUCCUGUACCUCUGCCUUGAAUUCACAUGCUGUGCGUUUCACGUCUGUAGCUUUAAUCUAGUAUGUGAAUUACGGGACUGAAAUGUUCUCUCUCUCUCUCUCUCUUCGUACUGAAAACUACAUCAACAAAUCUUGAAAACUUUCCCUUUAGUAGCCAGAAAUGCCUUUAGAGAAAUACAUCAAACUACUGCCUUAAGAACUCUUAAGUGUAAUGAUUGUUUUUGAAUGUCGGCACACAAUUACAGCUUACUAUCAUGAUGUAAAAUUAUUGUAAUAUGUUUAUUCGUAAUAUUUUAUUUAUUUAUGUAUUUAUUUAUUUUCAAUGGCUUUGUGUAAAUUAUUGUGACUUUUCUCCCGUGUCACAUGUUGCAGUCGAAUCGUUGUGUCGAGAUCAUCUUGUCUUGGGUUUAGUGCGCUCCCUUGAAACGUGAAGCUCUUAUAGAUGCAAUCUUUUUCUACGUAUACAGCUUAUUUUCCUAAAUGUUUGCUACCUAGCGCUUUAUAUGUGAGUCCGU